UCGAGGCUCAGCUAGCGGCCGGCAAACAUGCAGAUCUUCGUGAAGACGUUGACGGGGAAGACCAUCACUCUUGAGGUCGAGCCCAGCGACACGAUCGAAAAUGUCAAGGCAAAGAUCCAGGACAAGGAAGGCAUUCCCCCUGAUCAGCAGCGUCUGAUCUUCGCUGGCAAACAGCUUGAGGAUGGACGGACACUGUCUGACUACAACAUCCAGAAAGAAUCUACUCUGCACCUGGUUCUGCGUCUGCGUGGUGGCAUCAUUGAGCCUUCCCUCAGACAGCUGGCCCAGAAAUACAACUGUGACAAGAUGAUCUGUCGCAAGUGCUAUGCCCGUCUGCACCCCCGUGCGGUUAACUGCCGCAAGAAGAAGUGUGGACACACCAACAAUCUUCGCCCCAAGAAGAAGCUGAAGUAGACAUUUUGGCUGAAUGGGUUCUCUAUGCCAUUUUUUGUUCAAAUAAAUGUAAAACUGAUA